AUGAGGAAUGAAAAAUCUGGUGGAGAUGACGGGAUUAGCGCAGAAAUGCUAAAAUAUCUUCCUCCGUCUGGGAUUCGUGAGAUGACAAAGAUGGUAUUGGAGCGCAUUAUCCUGAAUCGACUCAUUAAACAUCGUGAAGAAACAACGCGCGACGAGCAAGCCGGCUUUCGUCCUGGCCGAUCUACGAUUGGCCAGGUGUUCAUCGUCAGGAGAGUAAUCGAGAUCUGGCAGCGGAAUUCGAAGCCAAUGCAACUAGCGUUUCUGGACUUUGAAGCCGUGUUGGACUCUCCUCACCGAGGCCGUCUUCUCAACGCGCUCCGCGCCGAUGGAGCACCAGGAAAGUUCGUUCGCUUGCUUGUGGUAACUGGAGUAAGACAAGGGACAGUGACAGGUCCCUUGCCGUUCAAUCUCGCCAUCGACGACAUUAUGCGAAGAAUAGUCGACCAGUGUCCUGACGACAUUGUCUUAGCACCUUCAGGGUGCCCCUUGACUGAUCGCGAGUACGCCGAAGAUGUUGUUAUAUUCGCGGAAAGCAGUAUAAAACUUCAACAUGUUGACAGUUAUAAUAUGAGUACUCGUGUUUCUGGACGUCGUCGCAGCAGAAAAUCAAUGCUUCUCCGCCUAAUCCAUAUCCCUAUUGGCGGCUUCAAGGUGCCUGGUUUAACUAAUUAUCUUGCAGCAUGCAGAUGCCAUGUAAAUACAGUUUAA